AUGUGCGAUGUAUACAGCAAUGCUCACUUGACUAUCGCAGGGGAUAACUCACCUGGAAAUUCGCAUGGGAUUCUCAAUAAACAAUCUUUCGGAGUAGCACCGAAAGAAGUCAAGUACAAGGAAAGAACUGUGUAUGUCCGCAAGCAACUUGGUCGCGAACACGAUAAUUUCAGCAUGAUUGGGCGAGGGCCAGUACCUGAACCUAUUAAUUGCCGGGGAUGGUGUUUACAGGAAGCUGUUCUCUCGAAUCGAUUGCUGAGGUAUACGUCCAAGGAGUUGUUCUGGGAGUGUAAUGAGUGGCGGAAUUGCGAGUGCGGGCACAGCUCUGACCCUAUCGAGGAAGAUGACGAAGCUAGCAGUCGCUCGGUGCGGAAGCCGGAGAUAUUCGGGACGUUGUCCUGUUCAGAACUGCGGCAGAGUUGGAACGACAUUAUCAUGAAAUUUACUGAAAGGCAGCUAGGAUAUGAUGAAGAUAAAUUGCCUGCCUUGUCGGGUCUUGCGAAUCAGUUCGCGAAAGUGCAGAGAUUGGCUACGGGGGAGAAAGAUGAGUAUCUGGCUGGACAUUGGCGGUCGAAUCUGGCCAUUUCGCUCCUUUGGAACGUGGAGGAUGAUCGGUCAAGAGAUAUGAGGGACAAGGAGAUUGUCUAUCGACGGCCCAAGGUUUGGAGGGCGCCGAGUUGGACCUGGGCUGCCGUUGAAGGGCCUGUAACAUACAUUCCACUAAGGCACUUUCGCAGCUGUUUGGAAAUCCUGCAGGUAAACACUGUUCCCAAUACUUUGGAUCCGUACGGAAAGAUUGGAAAAGACAGUGGCAAGCUUGUUGUCAGGGGACGAGUCGUGCAUGGUUUUUCUAUCAAAGUUGAGGACAUGCGAAAAGGCGAUACUUAUGAGGGGUACAUAGAGGGGAAACGGUAUGCUCUUUGGCGCGGAGAGCAUACACGGACAAUUCUACCAGAUGUCGGUGUGAAUGAGAUGAACAUGGCUGGGAUCGAGAAACUUUCGGGCAAAGUUACCUGUCUGUUGGUGGGUGUGGUGGAACUGCCUGGAGCCGAUCGCGAAGAUUUCUUUCUGGUUUUGAAGAAGAGCACUGGGGACUUGAGUACGUAUGUGAGAAUCGGGGUUUCUCUACGUCGAUAUCUGCAUCACAGAGCAAACGAGAGUAACGACGACUCGGUGGAUGGUCUGUUCAGAAGUGCGGUCGAGGAGGAAAUUACUAUAUGUUAG